AUGGCACAUACAGACGCUACCAGUGCCUUCAACAAACAUGUUGCCACCAUUCAGCAGCUUCCAUCAGCCUUAAAGGCUCGGAUCUCGAAUAAAGCUGCCUCCUCGCAUGCUUCGCCUGAACGACGCAAGAAGCGCCAACGUAGUCCGUCCGUCACUAUUGAGCUCAACUGUGAGACAUCUGUUAAAAAGAUAAAGAAGAGUCUGCGCUGGUCUACUAUCACGAUCCAUGAAUUUGGCGUUGGACUGGGUGGGAGCUCAGUGCCAGGCAAAGGUGGCCCAUCGAUCGGUCUUAGCGACACACCUGAGUUUACAUGGACCACAAAAGUGGGCGAGAUGGCUGAGUGCGUCGAAGGCGUGCAUCGCUUCACGCCUGAAGAACGUGUUCAAAUGCUAAAGAGCGCAGGUGUGAGCGAUGGCAUGAUCCUGCGAUUUUCAAGAGAAGCUAACAUUAUUAAUUGCUCGCGUCGGAGAACGGUUGUAGAAAGCAAUGCUGAGAAGGAGGAGAGAAGGCAGCGUCGACAACAACAACAGCAACAGUGUAAGACAGAAUUGCCUCGUCGUGCCUGCUCCUCGUUCCUUAAUCGUUCGCAGAUGAUACCUGUCGACUACGUUUAA